AAAAUACAUAAUCAAUCAGUUAUUUAUUAUUAAAUCAUUGAAAUCAAAUUCCUUUUCUUUUCAAACAAAAAGAAUUCAAAACAAAAAUUCAUCAAUUUAUAAAUGUAAAAGCAAACAGAUUAGGAAUCUUAAAACCAAGAGCAGCAGUAUGAUCCUCAUAAAACUCCUGCUGAUUUAGACAUGGCUAAAAAACAUUUAAAAGCCAAAGCUGUAGGUUUAGUGAGAAACAUAGAAUUAAUUAAUACUUCUGAAAUAUGUCCUUGUUGCGGAUGUAUUAUAGAAAAAGAAAAGGUAAGUCUCUUGUGCAAACUAGAAGAUUUAGGAUUUUUAGGGGCAGGAGUUUCGCUAUACUUCUUUUUUAUAAAAUAUUGCAUCACCUUCUUAUUUUUUAUUGGACUUAUAUGCUCUAUCUUCAAUAUUCUUAGGAAUGCUUCUGGAUCAAAUUGCUCUGCUAUACCUUAAUGCUAAUCAAGUUUUAUUAAUAAUUUAAGCAUUAUUAACAGAAAUGAUGCAAAUGGUUAAUUCUAAACAUAAGCUGGGCUCAACUUCCUAACAACAAUUACUUUAAUUGUUGCUUCUGUAAUAUUAAGAAAAUAAAUGUCUACUAUGAGCAAAUAAAUUAAUAUUGAUAAUAUUACUGCAGGAGAUUUUACUGUCAUGGUAACAAACCUCUAAAUUGGUACAACAGAAUAAUAAUUAGUUGAUUAUAUAAAAUCAUGGACUAAAAACUAUGGUGAGAUACAGAUAAUAAAAGUAAACUUUGCAUAUGACAUAUCUAACUAUAUAAAGAUAAAAAGAAAGCAUUAAGAAUUAGUUUUGAAAUAAAUCAAAGAAAAAGCUUCAUUAAAGGAAAAAUUCUAAGAUACUUCUCAUUUGUUAACUAAGAUAAGUCAGGAAAUUGAUGAACUGGAAAAAUAAAUCUCAAUUACAGAAGAAAAUUUUAAAACUGGUAAUUUUGUCAGAUCAGGAGCAGCUUUCGUUACAUUUGGAUCUGAUAAUACUGCUGAAUUAGUAACUAAAAUUUUUAAAAGAAACUUUUUUAGUAGGAUAAUUAGAAGCAUCACAAGAUUUGGUUCUUUAAAUGGUAAAGUUAUAUCAAUUAAGAGAGCACCAGAACCAAAUGAUAUUUAUUGGGAAAAUCUUUGCUACACAUAAUUUGAGAAGUUCACAAGCAAUUUAAUUACUCAUUUUUUUACUGCUAUUUUAUUGGUUGCAGCUUUUUUCAUUAUUUUUGCUAUUUCAAAAGCUUAAGAUAAUAUCUAAAGUACAAGUAAUAAAAAUGAUCCAACUGUUGUUUUCCUCUCCUUCAUAGCAUCAUUAUUUAUUUUUAUAAUUAAUAAUGGCUUGAAUAUUAUUAUUAGAAAGUUUGCUAUUUUUGAAAAGCAUGCUACACUCACUUAUUACUUCAUUGGAGUUGCCUAAAAAUCAGGAAUAGCUUAGUUCUUGAAUACAACUAUUGUUGUUUAUAUUAUCAAAAAAAUAAAACUGGAAAGCUAAAUCUAUAUCUCAGGUGGCUUAUUAUACACAAUUCACUUCAUUUUGCUUAUGAAUCUCGUUGGUUCAUUCAAUAUUUUUAUGAAUCCUUUCUACUUCUAUAAACUUUGGUUGAGAAGAAAAGCUGAGAAAGGUAAUAAACAAUUUAUAGAGCACACUCCAUAACAGAAAAUGAAUGAAAUUUAUGAGGGUCCUAAGUUUGAUUUCCCAGCUGCUUAUGCUAAAUUAAUUAAAUUGAUUAUGUUUGCUUCAUUCUACUCUUAUCCUGCUCCUUUGAUUGUGUACAUAUCACUCGGAAUAUUAAUUCUAACAUAUUGGUUUGACAAAUACCAUCUUAUUUCUAGGUGUUCUAUGCCUGAUUACUUAUCUCACCACUUGCCAGAAGCUAUGGCUGAUUUUUAUUUGGAGUUUAUGAUCGUUGUUUUUUGUAUUGGUAAUAUAGUAUUUGAGAAUCUACUAUUUAAUAAGUCAAGUGGACUCACAAUUGCUGCUUUAGUUCUUGCUAUAUUAUUUUGGGUUGCUGAUUUUGAUGCGAUUGUAAACUGUAUAUGCUCUAAUGAUAGCAACUAAACCUAAGUUAGAAGAUAUGAGUAUUAUAGCCAAUAUUUUUUAACUGAUUAUGAAAGAUCUAAUCCUGUUACAGCUAUGAAAGCUAUAGAAGAGUGGACAAAAAAAUUGUAAGAUAAUAAGAUUAAAGAAGCCAAUAAAAAGUAAAACUUGGUGUUUUUAUCUAACUAUGCCCUCAACAGGCCAGGAAUGUCCUCUUUUUAUCAUCAUGGAUUCAGAUAGCCAUAAAUGAAUAUGAUGAAUUAAUAAUAUUAAUAACCACAAAAGCUUAAUAUGAACUUUAGCUAUCAGCAGCAAUUUAUGCCAAACUAAUACAGGCCAUAAUAGCCUUAAUUUGGAGGAUUUCCACAAAGUAUUAAUUAAGUUAUACCGAUGAGAUAACCUUAAAUGGUUACUGAUCCAGCUAUGAUGCAAAACGAGAUCAAUAACUUGAAGCAAUAGCAAGAAUAACUCAGAUAAUAAAUGCUAAAUAAUUAUAACCCUAUGUUCUAGCUAAAUAUUAUAUCUUAACUUGAAAUGAAUAAUCGUAGGAUAACUUAUCUCGAAUCUUAAAUCAAUAGACAGUAACCAAUAAAUAUUGCACCUGCUAUAGGUUUUUAAAGCAAUUUACCUAAUCCUAUAUAAGAUCCAGCAAGAUAAUCUAAUUUUAUAUAACCUUAACAAAAUAACCUUCCUAACCCAUUGAUUGUUAACCCAACUAAUUCAAGCUAAAUAAACACAUAAUAGUCUAAUUAGAAUAAUAUUUAGGCAGCACCAAAUUAAUUAUCAUCGUCUUAUACAAACAUGUAGCCCUAGUAAAUUUAACCAAAUAAUCAAAAUCCCAUGCUCUAUCCUUAAUAGCCAAAUCAAUAAAUAAUUUAACCCUAGUAAUAAGUCUAUAGAAAUCCAAAUUAGUAAGGGUCUAUUCUUUAUUAACCAUUUAAUACAAAUUAUUAGUAAUAAUAGUAAAUGGGAAAUCCUUAAGUGAUUGGUAAUUAAAUGUAUUAAUAGCAAGCUUAAUAGCCUGUCUUUCAAUAAAAUUAUUAUAAUUAGAGACCAGGGUUCAUUCCAAUGAUGAUGCCCUAGCAAUAAUAAUAACAACCACUUUUAUAAUAAGGAGGAAUUUAGUUAUAAUAAUAUAAAUGA